AACAUUGUUAACUCACUUAAAUAUGUCACUGGAUUUAUCGAAUAGUUUUACGUGGGAUGACUAUAUUGCGAGGAUUGACGGUCACUCAGCUGAUCCAAAGUGUUUCAAACAGCAUAUCAUUCCUCCUCCGAACAACUUUGAAGUAAAUUCUCUUUUGGAGGCGGUAGACCAUAGAAGCGCAGCCCAUGAUGUGCCACUUGCAACACUUUCUAUCGACAAUAUCAAUGGUGCAUCCGUACUUCUGGAUGGCAAUCCCAAUAUCAGCCCUUUUCUUGGGAGCGGUACGGGUCGGCGAUCAAUGAUGAGUGGUAUUGUACCCGGUAGUGGGGCACUUCGACGCUUUCGUGCAGCAGCAUUUAGCCUUGGAAGGGUUGUUGAACUCUGGGGCCCUCGUGUACGCGUUAGACUUGUCGGCACGGAUGACCGCAAUGAUUGUUUCUUCCUUGUUGACUCGGAUCAAAUUCGUCCCUACCCUUCUGGACAUGAUUUACAGCCCCCAUUCGGUUAUAUGCAUAAUCACCUAGUUUGGGGUAGAACGCUUAAGAGAGCCAUAGAGGAUGCUAUUUUUGCUAGCCCCAGUUGGUUUAUCAAGCCUCCUCCAUAUCCUGAAGGAAAUCUUUUUAAAUUGGGUGAUAAAUUGGAGGCGGUGGAUCGUCGAAACGCUCAGCUCAUAUGCCCUGCUUCCAUUGGAGCAAUAUCUGGUCAACACGUACUAGUGAGCUUUGAUGGAUGGUCAGGUGCUUUUGAUUAUUGGACCAGAUUUGAUAGUCGUGAUUUAUUUCCUGUGGGAUGGUGUCAGGCAGCAGGCCAUCCUCUUCAGCCACCCGGGCCACAGGCCUCUAGGCCUAAACUGUCAAUUUCCCCUUCCAAUAACCACGACAGUCAUCUUUCAUGCAACCAACAAAAUUCGAAUUCCUUAUCUUCAUCUACUCAUACUUCUACUGCAUCCAGCAAACCCCGAAGACGCACUGGUGGUUCCAGUGAAAAGGCAUAG